GCGGGCCGGCGGCGGCGGCGGCGGCGGGUGACGGGAGCGGCCGGUGCCGCCGCUCGAGCAGCGCCCACAGGUGCCACUGGGGUGACGCCAGCGCCAUGGAGUACGAGCGGAGAGGAGGCCGGGGCGACCGCACGGGCCGCUACGGCGGGACCCCCGAGGCGGCACCGCCGGCGGGGGGGGGCGUCAGCGCGCCGGGCCGGGCCCAGCGCGACCACGACUACGGCGACAUGGACUACCGGGCCUACGGGGGCGCCGGGCCCGAGGGGCCCCCCCAGGACGCCUACGAGGAGGCGGGGCCGGGCCGGGGCCGCCAGACCCCGCCCCCGCCGGCCCCGCCCCCUCCACCGCCGCCCCCCGGCGCCGCUGCCGCCGCCGCCCCCCCCGGCGCCGCUGCCCUUCGCCGCCGACGGCGACUACCGCGACCAGACUACCGGGCCGAGGCGGGCGCCGAGGACGAGCCGCGCGCCAGCACCAUCGUCAUGCUGCGCAUGCUGCCCCAGGCCGCCACCGAGAACGACAUCCGGGCGCAGCUGCAGGCGCAGGGGGUGACGCCCCGCGAGGUCCGGCUCAUGCGCAACAAGUCCUCAGGUCAGAGCCGGGGCUUCGCCUUCGUGGAGUUCCACCAGGUGCAGGAGGCGGCGCGCUGGAUGGACGCCAACCAGCAUUCCCUGUGCAUCCUGGGCCAGAAGGUCUCCAUGCACUACAGCGACCCCAAGCCCAAGAUCAACGAGGAUUGGCUCUGCAGCAAGUGCGGGGUGCAGAAUUUCAAGCGCCGGGAGAAGUGCUUCAAGUGCGGCGUCCCCAAGGCUGAGGCGGAGCAGAAGGGCCCCGGCGCGCCCCGCCUGGAGCUGGUGCUGGGGGGCCGCGAGCUGAGCGGGGGGCUGCUGCCCCUGCCCCAGCCCUACGGGCCCGGGCUGGGGGGGACCCCGACGGCCGCCCCGGGGGGCCCCAGCCCCGAACCCUGCGCCGACAACGCCAACGACACCAUCAUCCUGCGCAACCUGCACCCGCACAGCACGCUGGAGUCGAUCCUGGCGGCGCUGGCGCCUUUCGCCGCCCUCUCGGCCGCCAACGUCCGCGUCAUCAAGGACAAACAGACGCAGCUCAACCGCGGCUUCGCCUUCGUGCAGCUCGCCACCAUCGUGGAGGCGGCGCAGCUGCUCCAGAUGCUCCAGGCCCUGCACCCGCCGCUCCACAUCGACGGCAAGAGCAUCAACGCCGAGUUCGCCAAGGGCUCCAAGCGGGAGCUGGCGGCCGCGGGCGGGGGGGGCGGGGCCGAGGGGCCCCGGGCCAGCGCCGCCUGUGCCUCCACCGCCAUCGCCGCCGCCCAGUGGGCCCUGUCCCAGGCGGCCCAAGGGGGCGAGGCCUCGUGGGCCGGGGGGGAGGAGCCUCCCGGCGACUACGGCGGCUUCUACCAAUCGGAGGAGGCCUACGGCGGCCCCGACCCCGCCCUCUACGGCCACGCCUACCUGAAGGGGGCCGCGGCCCCCGCCCCCCGGCCCCGCCCUCGCCGGCCCCGCCCCCGCCAAGGCCGAGCCCCCCCGCUCCCG